AUGGCAUCGUGGCGGUCGGUGAGCGUGUCCAUCUCUGCCCUCGUCGUCUUCGUCGUCAGCCUCGCUUAUCUGCUCAUCUCCGCCUCCAGCUCCACUUCCGCCCUGGGCGGGCAACAAGAUCUCGGCCCUUUGAAACAUCCUCACAGACAUUUUCAGGCUCCAGCAGAGAAUCCUUGGGCCGAGCUCGAUGACGCAGAGGCCUCGCAACUCUAUCUCUGGCUCCAUGAGAACACGAAUCUGUUCGAUUCUGCGUCGGAUACCAACGCUCUGAACCUGGUCGAGCUCCUGCGGCCGAACAAGUCCGAUGUCGCCGACUACCUUGACCACGGAGGCCCGCCACCAGAGCGGUGGGCGAGGCUCUCCAAUCUCGAAAGCAAGGGCGACGAGGCCUUUGUCAAAGAGUACAUGGUCGGCCCGUUGCCUCCAUCGAACCACACCCAGAUUCUCCCCUUGACAUACUGCCACAACUCCGGGCGCAACUCUGUCCGGAGUCCCAUCUCAGACGUCUUCGCCCUCCUGGACUGGGCCCUCGGCAUCGGCGAGAACGCAUCGGACAUCACGCUCGACCUGCUGGGCGCGAAGACGAACCGCCACGACCUCGACGACCCCGAUGGCCUGGUCAUUGGCUCGAGGCCCGCGCUCAUCGACUCGGGCCGCAUGGUGCACUGGCUCGAGUUCUUCCGUCCCGGGAUGAAAUCGGACGGUCGGAGUCUGCUGCCCCAGGGACUGUACGUCAAGCUGGACAUCCCCACGGCGCGGCCAGAGACGUGGACGACCGGCGGCUGGUUCUACAACGGCAUCCUGUACGACAACGACACGAUGCUGCGCGAGGCCAUGAAGUCCCCCGAUUUCGAACGGCUCGUGGUCAACGAGGACGGCGGCUGGACCGACACGGAAGAUCCUGCCAGUGUGGCGCCCGAGCGAGACAUGCCCCCGCCGCUGUCGAUCCAGCCGUACGGACCACGGUACCACCUCGACCGAGCCGAGAAUUACGUUUCGUGGAUGGGCUUCUCGUUCUACGUGGCCACGUCGCAGGCCACGGCUGUGUCACUGUUUGACAUCCGCUACAACGACACGCGCAUCAUCUACCAGCUCGGCCUGCAGGAGGCGCUGGCGCACUACGCCGGCGUGGAACCCAUGCAGUCGGGCCUCGAGUUUUUGGACACGUUCUUCGGCAUGGGCAAGAUGAUGUUCAGCCUCGUGCCGGGGCUCGACUGUCCCGGGCAUGCCGAGUACGUCGACAUGUCGUACCACAGGGGAGGAAAGAUGUACACGAACAAGAACGCCAUCUGUGUCUUUGAGUACACCUCGGACGCGCCCCUGCAGAGGCAUACCUCUGCCUUCAGUGCGACCGUCAGCCGCAACACGUAUCUUGUGGUGAGGAGCGUAAGCACCGUGGGGAAUUACGAUUACACGAUCGACUACAUCUUCUACCUCGACGGGUCCAUCGAAGUCAAGCUCCGCGCGUCAGGCUACAUCUUUGGCGCCUUCCACGCGGAACCACGGCAUUCUGCUGUUCCGCCACGCGACUCCUCCACGAACGAAUACGGCUACCGCAUCCACCCGGGCGUGCAGACCUCCAUGCACGACCACGUCGUGAACUUCCGCGCGGAUUUCGACAUCUGCGGCACGGCCAACACGCUCGUCCGCACGACCGUCGAGCCCCUGAAGCGCGAAUACGAUUGGGAUGAGCCCGAGGUCGACGGGCCGCGGAACACCAUGCACAUGGUUCACGAACCCAUCACGCGCGAGACGGGGCUCAACUGGCCCAAGAACGCCCGCGAGAUGUACCUCGUCACAUCCCCGUCGGCCACAAACAAAUGGGGCGAGUCCCGCGCGUACCGCAUCCUGCCCGGCACGGGGAUGGGCAACCCGGCGCACCUGACGAUCGUCAACUCGACGACUCUAGGCAACUCGGCGGCCUGGUCGAGCGCGGACCUCUGGGUGUUGAGGAAUCAUCCGGACACGGAACCCAGCAGCGCGCACGAGAACAAUUACCUCGAGCCACUGGCGCCGCUUGUCGAUUUUACAAAGAUGGUCGACAGUGAAGACAUCGAGGGCGAGGAUCUGGUCGUGUAUUUCAACUUGGGGGGCCAUCAUGUGCCAACUAGCCAGGACGUGCCGAAUACGUUGAUGCACACGAGCGCGAGCAGCGUGGUGUUUAUGCCGUUCAAUUACUUUGACGAGGACGUGAGUCGGGCGUGGAGGCAGGGCGUGCGGGUUGAUCGGCGGCCGCCGGCGCGAGAGGGCGUGGGUAGUGCUGUUGAGAAGGACGAGGUCAAGAUCAAGACUAAACGGACGGCGGACGCGCAGGGCGAGGAGAACAACAGGCACAGGGAUGAGGACGCGCAGAGUGAGAAGGACAAGAGGCACGAGGACGAGGACGACGGCGUGACCUGGUUCGGCGGCCGGUAUACGCGCGAUGUGCUUGUGUCGCCGCAGAUGCUCACGCCGGAUCUGAGCCACUAUAUGAGAGAGCGGGAUGAGGGGGAGGCCGGGGGUUGGAAGACCGUCCGGAAUGCCGUCGGAGGCGGGUUGGUAGGGUUGUUUGUUGGCAAGGAGAGGGCAGGUGAGGAGGGCGGACGUGGACGUGGUGGGAUGGAUUGGUGA